CCACAAAGCCACUAGGCCGCCAUUUCGCAAUAGGGAUAUUCCUCCGGCCCGGAGUUCGCUCUCGCCGUGUCUUGCAGCUCCGCCCAGCUCUGUAUGUAUGCAUCUCUGACUAUCGACCCGGCCAGCCAAGGCCUCUUUUUAGAAAAGAGCCCGGCCGCUGGCUUCGAUCCAGGGCUGGUGGAUGAGGUCAAAGCCCGCCUGCGCAUAAUUAUGGAGAGGAGCAAGUUGCCGAGGUGGUUCGGUGUCCAUGGAAGGCAGCAGGAGAAACAACAAGUCCGAGACUAGAGGAGAGAGAAGCAGAGAGAAGAAGAGAAAAGGCAAAUACUCCUGAGCGCGUAAAAAAUAGUCU